UAUGCAAAAAAAAAAAUGAGUCCACGUUUCACGAACGGUAGUGACGUCAUUGGGCUUCUGUUGCCCCGGGAGACGCCCGCUUUACAUUUCGUAGUACGCAUGGGCGCGCGGCUAGGAGCACGUGACCAGCAACGGGUGGCUCGACCAAUCAGCUUCGUGCUGGCGCCUAUACGGACUGGGAAAAGCAAGCGGACGCCCAUGCCCCCCCACGUGCCGCUGCGCUGUGGGGUGCGGCUGAGCCCCCCCGCGCUCGUUCUCGACUACGCGGAGCACGACUCGAGCCGCGUGCGGCGCAGAAUCGUCCCGCUCCGCGCGUUCUCCGCGUUCUCCGAUGUCCCUCAAACCGUGGAGAGACUCAAGGAGAGUGAGCGACAUGGAGAGUUGAUCCGACAGCUGUCCACCACUCAACUCACUCGCCUGCUGCUGAAAAUACGGGAAUCGCUGGGCGGGUGCGGCGAGGACCUCAAUGCCGUGAGCGACGCGGCGCUGGUGCUGAGCAAGCGCGAGAUGGACCACGGCUUUGAGCGGCGGCGCUUGAAGCCCGGCGACGCAGGCUACGAGUACGACGUGUCGCGCGACUUCAUGCCGCUUGCACCCAGCGAGUGGGACAGCGACUGAGCUGUUGCCAAUGCCCCCCCCCCCUCCCCCCGCACGGUUCUAUCGAGCAUCGGCAGAUUUAUCUUGCGAAUGCGUUUUGUAAUCACUGUAUCCGCGGUGGGGAGAUGUUAACUACCUCACCUGGUGUACAGGAGGUUGUGGGUUCGAUCCCGACCCUGACGCCUGCUGUAUAUUUGGAGUUUGCGUGUCUCUCCCCGUGGUCACGUGAAUUUUUCUCUGGGUCCUCUGGUUUUUCCCCUCCACAUUUAGAAUCGUGCAUUCAAGAGUAUUUGGCUGCUACAAAUUUCGACAGAAGCCACUUCAUUGCUUUAUAAUUCUGGUUAGGUCGCUUCUGAAAAAGAGUUAAAUAGCUCAGUUUAGUUUUAGUAUCCGUGCAGGACAGGAGGACAGACACAAACUCCACGCAGGAACUCCUUGCUGUGAGGCGCGAGCGUUACCACUGCGUCACGCUGCACAUGCAAUGGCUCUCGACCAUUGGCAGUCGCACGAUCGGCUGUCGAGGCUGGUGGCCUAGGCGAGCAAAGCGUGCUGCUAAAUCCACUUGUUUGGUUGUGCGGUGCCGCUCGCUCUCCGAUGUGGUUUCAGGUCGCACCGAGUGUUUCUGCAACAAAUCCAGUUGUGUCGGGGGGGAAAAAUGUUGAAAAGUAACUACUGAUUAUUGUCAAUGUUGUUGGAUCCUGUGUUAAUCUGUUGGAAGUUACAAAGUUUACAUCAAUUAUAAUGCACAUAAAAUGUAACACAGAGUUGAAACACUCUGGUUCUUUCGGUAAAGUCACGUAUAAAGAGAAAAUAAUAAUAAGAAAAUAAUAAAUUAAAUAUUAUUUUCUCUUUAUACGUGACUUUACCGAAAAAACCAAAGAGUAAUUCCUGCAGUCACGAAAGCUCCAAAUUAAGUUUGAGUUGAAACAGGCGAUUUCUGAGGUAUAGCCAGUCCUCCCAGGUUGUGUUGUUGAUGAGGCCAAGUUUCCAAACCAGGGUCUCGUUUUUGUUGCUCCGCAACCUGAAAGUAGACAUGGCAGCAUCCACUGAUGCUGUAAGCACCUUCCUCCUUGAUGUCUCUGCCCAGUGGCCGGUGUUUGGCCCAAUCUCCGUCGAUCUCGUCCGAUCUUAAACUUUUCUCCAUGUGACCGUAGGUUCCCCCCCCCCCACGCCCACACACAUCCUCCCACUUCCUUCAAAUCGAGCAGCAUGUCUGCUCCUGCCUCUUUGCCAAGUUCCUUCAUCAGGCCUCCACUUUGCAAAAUGUGCCCAGACCACAUCGCUUGCCUGGUCGAGAUGUUCUCAUGAGGCUUCUCCGAGUCAGAUCUCAAACUCCCUCAAUUCUCUUCUUGGUUCUUUCGGUAAAGUCACGUAGAAGGGAAGUAAUAAAAUAAUAAAAAUAAAAUAAUAAAAUAAUUCUCACGACGUUUCGGCCACAACGCAAGCAGCCGUCCUCCAGGUUUUAUUUUUAUUAUUUUAUUACUUCCCUCCUACGUGACUUUACCGAAAGAACCAAGAAGAUGAAUCCCUGCAGUCACGAAAGCUUUAAAUCGAAAUUUCCCUGAUUCCUCUUUCUAUUGCUUUUUCUCAUGCGGUGGCACACAAUCCCCACAUCUUAGAUGUUCCAGUCUGAUAAUUGUUUUUUUUUACCCUUUUAUCUGGCAACAAAACUGACACCUUUUUUUUACAAGGAGUCAUGUUUGCAUAGACCACAAUACCUGCAGUCAUAAUGCAAACAAAAAACAUAACUCUGAUAAUGUAUGCACUGUCCUUGAAGUUGAUUGGUCCACACCCGAGACAGCUUUCCUUAGAGCCUAGUCUCACAUGGUGUUGGACCAGAUGACGCCAAAAGGCGCAAUCAACUUCAAGGACAGUGCAUACAUUAUCAGAGUUAUGGUUUUUUUUGCAUGACUGCAGGUAUUGUGGUCUAUGCAAACAUGACUCCUUGUAAAAAAAGUGUCAGUUUUGUUGCCAGAUAAAAGGGUAAAAAACCAAUUAUAUUUUUUACUGACAAAUGAGGUUCCAAAGAUGUUCCAGUCUCUUAACGUCUGCCCUUUUUCACGGGUCAACGGUUCUGAGCAUAUUACACUAUACUCCGUACCAGCCUUCACGAGUCUUUUCUUCAACUCAGUCCUUGUAUUUGAGUUGCGCGACUUCCAUGUUUUAGUUGUGCAAUUCAUGUAGUUGAUGUGACAGAUGGGGGGGGGGGGGGUUAACAGCCUCAAGAAUCUCGACCUCGAGAGGCUGCCCCAAACAGGCUGUCAAAAAUUUGGCAGGAGUUGGGCAGCAGGGUGGGACUAUGGGAACACUUGCACAUCGCUGCAAGAAGGGCCUGCGCGUUUGAUUCCUGACUCUGGUGCCCUUCCGCGUGGAGUUGGUAUGUUAUCCCCCUGUUGUGCAUGGGUUCCUCACACAGCUAAAACAUAUAUACUGUGUAAAUGGUAUUGACCAAACAUCUCAAUGCUGAAAGGUUAACUGCAACAUUCAAGUUGUGAUUACACAAAGCAAAAUGGCACCCGACUGUGAAAACAUGGCAGGAGUCUUCUGAAAGACAGCCUGAAGAACUCCGCGAGGCUUUCUUGAAUAAACAAUAACAAAAUGA